GAGGACGCGAAGAGAGCGAGGCAAAGUCUGACUGGUCUGCGCAGUCGAUCUGCACGCGUAUUUGUAGGCCGUGUGCAUAACCAGAACGUGAGCAUUUUUUCACAGCCCCAGCACGUCACUUCUACGCCACGCAUGCUGCUGCAGGGGAAGCAGGUAUCCUGGCUAAAUGGCCGAUUUGCUGCGUUCAGCCCGGUCCAAUCUUCUGGCAACCGGGCUCGUUGA